AUGGCCUGCUCCUUCGCCGCCGCCACCACCGUCUCUUCCGCCCCCACCCCGGCCGCCAGGCCCCUCGCCGCUGCCCCGCAGUCCGUCUCCGUCGCCCGCUCCGCGGUCGCCACCGCCGCCAGGCCGCUCCGCCUCGCCGCCUCCAGAUCCGCGCGGGCCACCAGACUCGUCGCCCGCGCCGGCGGCGUCGAUGACUUGCCGCUGGUCGGGAACAAGGCUCCAGACUUCGAGGCCGAGGCCGUGUUCGACCAGGAGUUCAUCAACGUGAAGCUCUCUGAUUACAUUGGGAAGAAGUACGUCAUUCUGUUCUUCUACCCCUUGGAUUUCACCUUCGUCUGCCCGACCGAGAUUACUGCCUUCAGUGAUAGAUAUGAGGAAUUCGAGAAGUUGAACACUGAGGUUCUUGGCGUCUCCAUUGACAGUGUGUUCUCCCACCUUGCAUGGGUGCAGACAGACAGGAAGUCUGGUGGGCUUGGCGAUCUUAAAUACCCACUUAUUUCUGAUGUCACCAAAUCAAUUUCAAAGGCCUUUGGUGUUCUGAUCCCUAGCCAGGGUAUUGCUCUGAGAGGAUUGUUCAUUAUUGACAAGGAGGGAGUGAUUCAGCACUCUACCAUUAACAACCUUGCCAUCGGUCGUAGCGUGGAUGAGACCAUGAGGACUCUUCAGGCAUUGCAGUACGUCCAGGAGAACCCAGACGAGGUGUGCCCGGCCGGAUGGAAGCCAGGGGAGAAGUCGAUGAAGCCCGACCCCAAGGGAAGCAAAGAGUACUUUGCGGCCAUCUAG